GAAGUAAUUAGACGGAGUUUGAAAAGGGCCAGCGCUCAGGCCCGGAGCUUGUUUUGAAGCCCUGGGGCGGGGGCCUCGGGCAAGUUUCCAGUAAACAAUGAAAGUUCUGUUGCUGAAAGAGCCUAAAGAAAAUGAAAAUGGACCAGAUCCAUAUGUAAAAGAACUAGGCUUACAUGGACUUGAACCGACUUUGAUCCCAGUUUUAGCAUUUGAAUUUAUUUCCCUUCAAGCUCUCUUUGAAAAACUUUCUCAUCCCGAACAAUAUCGUGGGCUAAUUUUUACCAGUCCAAGAGCCAUAGAAGCACUCAAGUUAUGUCUGGGAGAUAAUGGUAAAAAAGAAGAUUGGAAAAAUUCUCUGGAAGAAAAAUGGAAUACCAAACCAGCUUAUGUCGUAGGAAAAGCUACUGCUGGGCUAGUAGGUGAAAUUGGCCUUGUACCACAAGGAGAAAACUGUGGAAAUGCUGAAAAACUGGCAGGAUACAUUUGUUCCCGGGAGUCAUCCAGUUCAUUGCCUCUGCUUUUCCCUUGUGGGAAUCUCAAGAGGGAAACUCUUCCAAAAGUACUUAGAGAAAAAGAUAUUGCAUUGGAAAGCCUUACUGUUUAUCAAACUAGUCAACAUCCUAAUCUUAAUGAAUCCUUAAAGAAUUACUUCUCGCAAGAGGGUGUCCCUGCAAGUGUUACAUUCUUCAGUCCAUCUGGUGUCAAAUAUUGUCUGAAGCAGAUUCAGAAAUUAUCUGGUGAUCUCAUGCCCCAUAUUAAGUUUGCUGCCAUAGGUCCAACAACAGCUGAAGCUAUGGCCACUGAAGGAAUUGUUGUGAGCUGCAUGGCCAUCAACCCUACUCCACAAGAUCUCACUGCUGGUAUUAAAAAAAGUCUUCACUUGUAGAACUGCUGUUUACUUAAGCAGACCUAUUUUAAGGCCAUGGCUUGGAUCCUACCUAGAAUUUCUACAGGGGUAGGGGUGAUUUUCACCAAUUACCCCAUCCUCUGAUUUCUCCUAAAAGGUAUUCUUCGGGGUCACCAUGUCAUGAAAGCAGCAUUUCAGGAAGUGUUUUGGACUGUCUUUUGGGGGGAGGAAAAUCACAUGCCCCCCCAUCACCACUACCCUUAUGCAUGCAGAAGUUCCAGGUGAGGUCCAAGCCCACAAUGUUUAGUAGGAAUGAGAUCUCUAAAAUGAAAUACAUGGCUUGUUAGUGUGGAAUGUAGAACUCUUUUUAAAUGUAAACUGUAUUCAGAUUUAGCUUUAUAUUGUUGAAACAAUGGUGAUACAGGUUACAAUUAAAGUUGUUAAAACCAUCCAGCCCAGUUAGCAGCAUCUUAUGUAUGCUAUAGCCUGAGAAAUGUGAAAGUAGGUUUUAGAGAUAAAAGUAGGUUUUAGCCUGAUUAGGUUUUAGAGAUAAAGGUAAUUAUGUUGUCUAAUUAAAUUUUGUAUUUAAUAUGAGCAAUGUUCUAUAAUCCAGCUGAUAUUUUCAUUCAUUUGUGGGUUGCUAAAUUUCAAAAUUACAGAUUUUUUUUAAAAUCACAUAUCUAAUCUUUAGGUAUUCUUACCUGGCUCUUUGAGGAAAAUUUUUGCAUUGUUCACAUGCAUACGUCAUACAUACACUUUUACCAUUUCAGCAGGUACUGCUAUUAAGAAGUAGCAGAAAGCUGCCAUGAUGCUGAAAACUACUUGCUGAUUUGACUAUUAAAAGUGCCACUGGAUUUAUUUGUAUUUUCUCCAUCAAAGAUUCAAUAACCCAAUAAACAAAACCAAAAUAUU